CAUUAUCCCAAUCCACUAAUCCUCUUUUUUCCACUUCUCUUCUUCCUCCUUCCUCCUCCUCCGCGAACCCUAUCUCCACUAUACAUCCACACUCCGCCUUCAACCUCGCUAUUAUGUCCUCUCUAACCUAUACCGCGCCAUUCACACAAUACUCUAUUUAUCACUAUUAGCCUCCACUUCCCGACGUGGUCGAUACCAACGGUAUUCAGUUUAUGUUUGGGGACGAUUGGGGAUUCUGCUGUAUGUAUUCCUUUUCUUCUUCCUGUUUUUGAGUUUCAAUUCACAUCUUUUCUAUGUGUUUUGUAAUAUUUAUCACAUAUCAACAUUCAACCAAAUAUAUAUCUCAUCACUCAAACUCAAAUCAUGCAUCUUAUAUCCAAUCAAUCCUCAUAUUAUGACAUGAUAAUAACACAUAUAAAAGAGCCUCAUAUCUCACAGCCCUGACAUACGGAUCAUGGAGCUGGUAUCUUCUGCAGCGAGACCGCCAAUCUAACAACAGCAAUGACACGAGCGAUGAGAACGGGCUAUCGAAAAAGGGAGGAGAUUCCAACGACCCCGGGAUGGAUCUCGUACCACAAACAAUCCUCAAUGCAUCGCAUCUCGUCUCCCGCAAAAACCUCAUGAUAAAACUCAUACUUUGGAUCUAUGCACCCCUUCACGUGAUUUCCAGCGAUAUCAGCUCCGAUUUCGAGGAGAGGAAUGUUUGGAGGAAGAUAGCUGGGAAUUGUGUUUGGGUAGUUAGAGUCUUGGGGUUCUGUUAUAUGCUUCUGAAACGACUCAUUGGAACAAUCCCGCUUUUGUUGCUCGUACGUAUUUCCCGUUUAAACUUUGUGUAUCAGUUACGAGGUUAUGGGUAUGAUUAUUCCCAACUAAACAAUCACUCAGAUACCUUUUCAUACCCGGUUUCCUGGCGAACUCACCCUUCAAACCACAAAAGAUAAUCGUAGCGAAUGGGACUACAAUCGUCCGAAACUAGGACGUCAUGACCAAGCCCAGUCUCAUUCACAUGGGAACUUGUCUUUUCUUUCUUCAUUGCAAGAACGUCGUUUACUUGCAGAUAACACUCAUUCAGAUGAAGAAGCCGCUCGCUCUACAGACCUAAUGAGUCUCCAUAGUGUCUCCGAAUCCAACCACACCCCACUGCAGCCUGCAUCCACCCUCUCAAACAUACAGGAUGUACCAGAUCGACAACUCGGCCCUGCCUACCUUUGUUUCAUAGACGCCUCUUCAUCUACCGGUUACACCACCCGACACGUAUCUAGCUGGGCUCGUUCCCACGGAAACAGUUAUCCGGACUACAUAUUCAUCUCCUACACGCGACUCCAAUUCUACACUAUUAUCUCCGGCGAUCCUAGUUUACCAUCUUCGAUUAAUGAUCAGCGGAGAGCUGCUGCGGAGAGGGACAUGGAUAUACUUAUCCGAUUUGCGAUACGCGCUACAAAAGCUGCGGGUAUCGAUGCCUUUUGGAUAGACUAUGAGUGUAUACGACCUGAAGAAGACGAGGAUGCGGAUGAAAGUAUAGGAGAGGUGUAUCGAAUAUGUGAUAUCGUACGGGCAUGUCAUUCGAUGGCUAUAAUUGUCGGGCCACGCUUCAAUUAUGCUGAUUACUCACAUGAAGAUCUAGAUGUCGAUUCACCAAGUACAAAAACACAAUGGCUACAAGACUGGGGAAGUCGUCUCUGGACCGUCCCAGAAGCCCUUCUAUGUCCAGCCGAACAUCGAAUUUCUAUCUACACGCCCGACACCGCGGAGCCAGAACUAGUCGCCAAACGUAAUCUUCCGGGUCGCGUCUGGGAUGAUGCGAUCGCGUUGCGUCAGUUGAUAGAUCACUAUGAAUCGUCGAUCCAUCUCACGAAAUUAGAAUUAAUUUCCAUCGCGCUCGAAUGUCUCAAGCGGCGGCAAACGGAAAAACGCAUGGCGGGGGACGUAGCAUAUGCUCUACAAGGGCUUCUUCGACAACGGCCCCGUGUCCUUCAAUCUGAUAGCGAUUUCCAGGCUUUUGCGAGGCUUUCGCUCGCAAAUGAUAGUGAUAUGCUUCUUGAACGAUUGCUCUGUCUCAAAUUGAAAGAUCAUCGGGCGCCAUGGCAUGAGAUGCAGGAUGUUUGGGGGGCGAAAUUGUGGGAUAUUACGCCUAUUUGUCAAAUUGCCGAAGUGGUGGAGAAUGACACUGUGAUAUUGGGGGAUGCGAAGGGCGCCAUGGUUAAUUGGGCGUUUCUUGAAGCAAUUGAUUAUGAGCCUAUACGACCACAGAUAACUAGUUGGACGUUGCUGAGGUUGGGUGCGUAUUUUAGUAUGAUAUUUGUGCUUUUUGUGGCAUUGAUAGCUGUGUUUUUGAGUUAUCAAUCUGAGAGACAUAAGAGGAUAAUUGUGUUUCCAUUUUGGAUCUUGUGGCAGGUAUUUUUGGCUGUGUUUGUAGGGAAUGUAAUUUCGGUGCCUUGGGUACUGCGCCAUUUGUAUGGUUCUGAAAUUCAUCAGACGCAGGCUAGAUUGUAUGGGGUUGCGGGACGUCCUGACUUGGGCAGGGUGGAAGAGUUGAUGUUUGGGUCCGAUCAGGGACGUUUACAGUGGAUGGAAGGAGCACAUAGUGCGGCGGGUUCUCUUGUUGGUGAAGAGCACGGCGACAUGAACGGACUAAGAUCGUUCACACUCAUCGACACAUGUACAUUGUCAGCGAUUCCAUUCGAAGCCGAGCUUCCACCUUCGGUAGUCUUGGCAGGCGCGCGGACUCGUGGACUAGUGCGGAUGCUUUUGUGCUCGUAUGAUGCGACCACGGCGAAACUAUGUAAAGAGGCGGUUGUGCAAAUGGAAACUGUCGUGCUUGACCGGAUGCCAAAGUUAAAUCGGGUGCGGUUUAGUUUGAAGCCGGCGAGGGAUGAUCCGUCAAAUAGAGAGUAAAUGUAAUAGAAUAGAGAUGAGAUGAAAUACAAUAAAGCGUAGUUAGAACUAAAUUGUAAUAAUAUGUCAUCACUGUUGCUUAUAUUUUUGGAUGCAAACUUAUCAGGGUUGGUCAUGCGCAGAAGACCUUUUUAGGGCAUUGGACGUCGUAGUGUAUAAAAUAGUGCGGACUGAGCACAAGACACCCGUA